UAUUUGAGAAUUUCGUACCUCAUACAGUUCUCCAUCUCACUCUCGUUCCUCUCACUCUUGAAGUCAAUCUAUUCAGCAUUUUGAAAGCGCGAUAAUUACAAAGUCAUGGAGUUUGGCGAUCAUGGAUCUCCAAAUAGGUUCAAUCUCAGUCCUUCAAAGAAAACAUUGCUGAAGAGAAACAUCGCAACAUUUAGUGCUGAAUUAAGAAAAUACUCCGAGGACUGUAGGAACUUGUCUAGUGAAGGUAUAUCCAGAUCUGAGGGUGGAGUUGCGAAAUCUGAUGAAUCUGACAUUAUGGAAAAUCAAAAUGUGGUUAGUUCCAGCUCGAGUAAGUUCCAUCAUUUGAAUUUCAAUGAGAAUUCAAUGCAAGUCCACGGGGAAAUGGAUGAGAUGAAUUCGAGCUUGAUCCAUCAGACAGAAGAACUAGAAAGACAAGUGAAGGAGCGCAGAGAUUGGGCGCACCAAAAGGUAAUGCAGGCUGCAAAUAAAGUUAGCAAUGACUCAAUUGAGCUGAGGAUAUUACGGAUGAACAUGGAAGAGACGCGCAAACUGAAGAAUGAUAAGCAGUUAAAGGAAGGAAGUCGCUUAGAAAGACUCGUUUAUGAGUGUGAAAAGAUGAAGACUGUCGUAGAAAAAACAAGUGGUCUAAUUGACAGGGGAAACCUGAUAAAGGAAAAGAUUGAGAAGGAAAAUGAUGAAUUAAGGGCAGAGAUAGAGGCUUACAAGUUAAGAGCAUCAGAAUAUGAAAUUACUCAAUUGGAGGCUCUAAAGAAAGAGAAGAAGUGCCUAAAGAAACUUAAAGUUUGGGAAAAACAGAAAAAGAAGUUGCAAGACAGUAUCGCUGCAGAAAAACAGAUGAUCUUCGAUUUGAAGCAACAAUUGGUUGAGAGUGAGAAAACUGAAAAGGAAGCUGAGGCAAUGUGGAAGCAAGAGCAAAGGGCUAAGGCGGAAGCCUUAUCGCUAUUAAAAGAGGAGACGCGCCUCAAUGAAGAAGUUAAAGCUACUAACAAAAGAAUGCUCAUGGAUAUGCGACUUAGCUCUGAAAUAGAGUCCCAGCAGUACAAGGAUGAGCUCGAACGUCUUCAUCAAGAAUUAUCUCGGCUUAAAGCAUCUAAUGAGGCUCCGGAAAGAGAUAUUGCAAAGUUGUUACAUGAGUUUGAUACAUUGGAAGUUUCUUCGUCUAAGAAGGAUGCUAGCAAUGAUAGGCGAUGCGUUAUUUGCAAGAAAGGUGAAGUUUCCGUUGUUUUCUUACCUUGUGCUCAUCAGAUUAUCUGUGCAAACUGCAAUGACAAUUAUGGUAACAAUGAACAAGCUAAAUGUCCCUCAUGUUUGGUUCCAAUUGAACGAAGAAUCCGAAUCUUUGGUGCAGCUUCGUAGGCCCUUAUGCUCCCUAUUGGCUCGGAUGUGGUAGAAAGGGAACUUAUCCUUAGACUUUUGAAGCUUUUGGUUUUUGGUUAUUGUAUCGAUCUUUCAGACUGUCUCAAAUAGGGUUUUCGCCAAUCCUAUUGAGGCGGGCAUGCUUAUGAAUUGUAUCUUAAGAAGACAAAAAGAAAAAUAAUGUUUUAUUUCUCUCUAUAGACUUGAACAACAUGGUAGAUUGAACAUUGUAAUCCUAAACAAUAUGUCAUAUGUCUUUGUUGAAUGUUGAAUUUCUGGUAUGAACUUAAUAAUUAUUACUA